UUUCGCCAUUACGGUUCUCGAGCACGAUUCGUUCUCUCCCUCUCGCAAUUCCCAAGAUAAAGCACCAACACGAAGAGAGAGAAAGUGAGUAAGAGAGAGAGAAGAGAAAGAGAACAGAGUGAGUCUUCCGAUGAAGUUAAUCGGCGACGGAGGCGGUGGUCGGAAAGUGUUGGUCGGAGUGAAAUUAGAUCCUCGGAGCCGGGAAUUGCUGACGUGGGCACUCGUCAAGGUUGCAGAGCCCGGUGACCUUGUCAUUGCACUUCACGUCCUCGACACCAUCACUGAGGGCACAGCGUCGCUUCUAUCUCUAGUGAAGACUUUCGAUUCUGUUCUCGCGGUUUACGAAGGCUUCUGCAAUUUAAAGCAGGUUGGUCUAAGGCUUAAAGUGUGUCGUGGUGGUUCAGUUCGGAAGGGUCUGGUGCAAGAGGCGAAAUCGUUUGGCGUUUCGACGGUGAUUUUGGGAACUUCUAAGUCUCAUCACACUAUUCGUUCUUCGGCGUGGGUUGCCAAAUACUGCGCGAAGAAAUUGCCCAAGUGCAUCUCUGUUUUCGCUGUUGAUAAUGGCAAAAUUUCUUUUCACAGAGAAGCUACUGGCUUAUGUAGUGAUCGAGAAAAAUUACAUGAAGGUCCAAACGUAUCUCCAGAACCGUUGGUGGCUUGUACAGAUAAAAAUGUGAGGAGUUGUGAAAGUUGUUCACUGCAAGAGACAUCUGGAACUGAGUAUGAGCAAGGUUCGCCUGAUGAUCUUGAAAAGGGAAACGCACUUGCUUUGGUACCAUUUCAAAAACUUGAUGAUGCUCCUUGUUAUUCAGUUGUGGUGGGUGAUUCGAAACCUUCAAAACCUGGUUGGUCGAUCCUUCGCCAGGUAUUUCAUUCGAAAAAGCAUAGCCCCAAAUCUUCAUUGAAAAAUACAUUUGUUUUUCAUCGGGCAUUACGGCAGCCCCAUUGUCAUUCUUCGGCUGUAGUCCAUCCAGAUCAUAAACAAAUUUGUAUUGAGCAGAUUGAUUAUUCCCCCCUGGAUGGGGAGAGUGGUGCCAUUGUGCCAUUUGGAUCUGCUACUAUCUUUACUCCUCCCUCCCUUUGCAGUGACUUGAUUAGCCUUCCAGAAGAAUUGUUGGUAUUACAGGAGAAGUAUUCAUCUUCUUGCAGGUUAUAUAGUUUGCAGGAACUUGUAUCUGCAACUGCCAACUUCUCACCUGAAAAUUUGGUUGGCAAAGGUGGUAGUAGUUAUGUUUACAGAGGAUGUCUUCCGGAUGGCAAGGAAUUAGCUGUGAAAAUUUUGAAGCCAUCUGAAAAUGUGCUGAAAGAGUUUGUACAGGAAAUUGAGAUCAUUACAACUCUGCAUCACAAGAACAUAAUAUCUAUAUCUGGCUUUUGUUUAGAGGGCAAUCAUUUACUACUAGUUUAUGAUUUUUUAUCAAGGGGAAGCCUAGAAGAAAACCUUCAUGGCAAUAAAAAGGACUGUAGUGCAUUUGGUUGGCAAGAAAGGUACCAGGUGGCUGUGGGUGUAGCUGAGGCGUUGGAUUAUCUCCAUAAUGGUUGUGAACAGGCUGUGAUCCAUAGGGAUGUGAAAUCUUCAAAUAUCCUCCUUUCACAUGAUUUUGAGCCUCAGCUCUCAGAUUUUGGUCUGGCUAGUUGGGGUUCGUCUUCUUCCUAUAUAACUUGUACUGAUGUGGCCGGAACUUUUGGAUACCUAGCUCCUGAGUACUUCAUGCACGGUAGAGUGACUGAUAAAAUUGAUGUAUAUGCUUUUGGUGUUGUACUCCUUGAGCUUCUCUCAAAUAGGAAGCCCAUUAACAAUGAGAGUCCGAAGGGCCUGGAGAGUCUUGUUAUGUGGGCAACACCAAUUUUGAAAGGUGGGAAACUUUCCCAGUUGCUUGAUUCAAGCCUGGGCAGUGAAUACAAUGAUUGCCAGAUCAAGAGAAUGACUUUGGCUGCUACUCUCUGCCUUAGACGGGUACCUACAUUGCGACCUCAAAUCAGCCUUAUAUUGAAACUUCUGCUUGGUGAUGAAGAAGUGACAAGAUGGGCAGAACAAGAAGUUAGUGUACCACAGGAACUCGAUGAGUUUGAUGAGGAACCAGCGCCAACUAAUAUUCAGUCUCACCUGAACCUUGCUUUGCUGGACUUGGAGGAUGAUGCGGUUUCUAUCAGUAGCACUGAGCAGAGUGUUUCGUUAGAGGACUAUUUGCAGGGAAGAUGGAGUCGCUCUUCAAGUUUUGACUAACCAGUUCAUCACCAUACCAUAUUGGAAUCAAAUGUUUGUUUCAUAUAAUAUUUUGUUUUUCUUAGGUUAGAUUUCCAAAAUUCUACGGCAACGCAAAUUGGGUCUUGGAAGAGAGGUCCAAAAAGUUCAGCCCCCUCCUUGACUUUGUAGCUAUAUCUCAAUUCGUGUUCUUCGGAAAGGUUUUAACUGUAGAACUCGUGUUGGUGAGCGUUUGGGCUUUUUGGAGCAAAUUCUAACGGGCUAAUGUGUAAAUUUGAAAACAGAAAUGAAGAGUAUAUAUUCCCCAAUGAGAGAACGACCACUUCUGAGUCGCUUGGUGUCACAUCCAGAGCGUGGUCUUGUCGUCGUCAAGACAAGGCGUGCUCUUUUGUUUUCUGAACUAAAAACUAUUUUCCUUCUUUGGUGUGAAUAAAGCUGAACUGUAAAGAUUAAAAG